ACGUCGUUUUGACAUUCACCUUCAAUUUACUAUCAUAGUACUCUCGCUAUCCCUCUUUUAAACUCCGAACGAAGAAUGCACUACCAGUAGCACAUAUAAACCAUGAAGCCGCGAAAACUGUAUUCUUCGGCACUCUCACGUGCUCUUUCACGUGCCCUCAGCUCUUCAACCGCCACAACCACACCGUCUCAAUGCGGAUCGGCGUUUCCCUUGAAGACGGUUACCGUCGCAAACUUUGAGCCGUCGUUAGCGGAGCUCCGGCACCAUGUCCGGUCGUCAGACUUCGUCGCCAUCGACCUCGAGAUGACCGGCGUAACUAGUUCUCCGUGGCGUGAGUCCUUCGAGUUUGACCGCUCCGACGUCAGGUAUCUCAAGAUCAGAGACUCCGCCAGCAGGUUCGCCGUCGUUCAGUUCGGCGUCUGUCCGUUCCGAUGGGAUUCGUCUAACCAGUCCUUUGUAGCUUAUCCGUACAAUUUCUUUGUUUUUCCACGUCAGGAGCUUGCUGGUUUCGGCCCAUGUAAUGAAUUUCUUUGUCAGACUACUUCGAUAAAUUUCUUGGCUAAAUACCAGUUUGAUUUCAAUGCAUUCAUACAUGAAGGAAUAUCUUAUUUGUCCAGAGAACAAGAAAGGGAAGCAAUAAAGAGUUUGAAUUCAGUGCAUGAUAGUGAGUGCUCAUACAUUUCUAAAUUAAAUGAUGUUAGAGACCUACCAUCUGUCAACAUGGCAGACAUUUUGUUCACCGAGCGAAUGAAAAAUAAGUUUAGUGAGUGGCGUGAUGGAUUAUCACAGGAGCAAAGUCAACCAGACCUAAUUCAAGGAACUCGAAAAGACUCGAAACAACGAUUUGAAGUGGUUUUCUUUAAGAAGCAUCCAGCUCUCAAGCUUGAUGGAUUCACCUCCCGCCAGCUUAAGUUAAUUCAGUUGGUCAUCAAAAAACACUUCAAAGAUCUUUCUUAUAUCAAUGUGAACUAUGCCGGUUCUAGUUCCCAACAAAUAGUUGUAUAUACAGACUCGGAGGAGGAACUAAACUUACUUCUGAAGGAGGUAAAGGAGGAAAGUCUCAGGGCCAAAAAGAUGAAGAUCCAAGGUGCAGUUGGAUUUCGCCAUGUUAUUGAUCUCCUUUCGUCAGAACAGAAGUUGGUAGUUGGUCAUAACUGUUUUCUAGAUAUUGCUCAUGUGUACAACAAAUUUAUCGGGCCUCUUCCGGGGACUCUUGAAGAGUUUGUUGCCUCAGUUAACAAGUGCUUUCCACAUAUUGUUGACACCAAAUUACUCAUGAACGCUGAUAAUAUGCUCCAAGCAAGAAUGAAAAAGUCCAGAAAAUCAUUGGGUUCUGCAUUUUCUGUGUUUUGUCCACAAAUUGCUGCAGGCUCCAAAAGCAAUGAGCUAGUUUCACCAUCCCAUGUAAAAAUAGAUGUUGAAGUUGAUGAUUCAAGAUCGUCCAGCUGGAACCCUGGAGGCAAGCAUGAGGCAGGAUAUGAUGCUUUCAUGACUGGAUGCAUCUUUGCCCAGUUAUGCAGGGAUUUAGGAGUUGAUUUUAAACUCCAUGAAUCUUUAAGAUUAGCUUCCAAUGAGAAAAUACAGAAAUACAUUAAUCAUCUAUAUCUAAGUUGGAUGCAUGGGGAUAUUAUUGAUCUAAGUACUGGUGAUAAGGUUGCAAAUUCUUCACCAAGCUAUAGCCCCAAAAGCCGGUACCCAAAUAUUUUGUUUGAGAACAUAGUUAUCAUAUGGGGAUUUCCUUCUAACGUGAAAUCAAGCGAUGUACGAGAGUGCAUAUCUAAAGUGUUUGGUCUAACUUCUGUUGUUUCUGUAUACCAACUGGAUGCAACUGCAGUGUUCGUUCAGUUUAGCAAGACUGAACUAGUUUCCGACUUUCUUUUAUUGAAGGAAAACUUAGAGAGAAGUAAUGGUCCAAUCUCUGUUUUGCAUCCGCUGUCAAAACUUUUGGAUGGUGGAAAUACAUUUGCUGCUAAUUAUGAUACUUAUAAAGAAAUAUGUGGUUCACCCUUGUCAGAAGAUUUAUUUGCUGAUCAGGCAAAUGCAGUUAGCAUGACGUCGAAGACUAAGUUGAUUGAAUUUAAGGUAGCAUUGAGGAGUGAAGAACAUGAAAAUCCAAAUGCACAAGAUAAUGUAAAUGAUGUUGCUGUGAAUUUUGUAGAAAAAAUCAAGCCAAACUCAAUUGAUCAGUUAGGAAAUGUUCAAUCUAAUGGGCAAGCCUCCCCAUUUGAGAUUGAAGAUUCCCGCUUAGCAGAAGCUAACUUGUGAUUUUUGACUAAUUAGUGUGUGCACCAUCAGCAUGGAUAAUUAGUAUAUUUGUUUGUAGUAUAAAAUGUCAACAAUAUUUUUUGUAGAAACUUGUAUUCUAUGACUAUAAAGAAGUCAUCCUUUUGAUUUGGUUAAAAUUAGGUUUAGUAUCUUUUGUGAUAAUUUAAAUUUAGUUGUAACAGAUAUAUCAUAUUGUCAUAGACAAACCACUGAUAAACUAUUUGUGGUGAAGCCAGUGUCAAUUAAUCUGCUUAGCAUUUUUACUUGACGAUUGAUGAUUUUGAUGAAGCCUCUGUCAAUUACUAUGUUUAGUAUUUUCUGCCAGUCAUACAUUGUUUUCUUAAUGGAUGGACAUGUUACUUAUCAUUUGUGCUUAGCACUAACAAAGGAAUAACCUUUUAAUCUAUUUGGUUAAUCAUGGUUAUGAAGUCCACAUUUUACAUCAACCUUUCAUCUAAACCCAUCCAUCUUUCAUCUAAACCCAUCCAUUCUUAGUGGCACUCAGUAUUCCACUAUUUGUAUCUUUGUAUUUCCCCCCUUUAUCAUAACUAAA